AUGACAGCCAAGACGUUUAUUGUGACCCUCAAGGACCACGUUGCCGAAGGAGACAUCUCGACGGUCAAAGACGCGUUCACCAAGCUGGGUGGCGAAAUCACACACGAGUUCUCGCUCAUAAAGGGGUUUUCCGUCAAGGUGCCGGAAGUCGGGAUCGACAGCGUCAAGAAGAAACAUGGCGACUCGAUUGCCAACAUCGAGGAAGACCAAGAGGUGCACACCCAGUGA